AUGAGCGUCCUCUGUGACACGCACAUUUCACAAGAAAAUGAGGGCAAUAAGGGUUUCAGACAGCAGAGGACUUAUGAUUACUUGUACGAUCCGGUAUAUACAUUGUCGGCUGAUGUGGAUCACGGGAGAGAAAACAUCCGAGCUCAAGCCUCACUUGAUCGAAUGCGGAGGGUGCCGGAGUUUAACUCUAUGUUUAGUAAUCUUCCACAUCAUCCCCAUUAUUCUUUACGUCUGGAAGCCACUGAUCCUGUGCCUGCGUUUAUUGACCGGCGAUGGCGAGGCUACGCUGAGCAGAGAAGACAAGCUCUACAGCAACUGACAGGGAUUGUGUCUGGGGCUGUGACACAUGCACCGAACCCUGCUAAUGUGACAGGAGUGGACCGCUGGAAGUUUUUCAAAUGUCCUCUUAUUCCCUUUGCUCAACAGAUUCCUCCCGAUGUUGUGUUUGCUUUGCCAAAAUCUGACCUACUGUAUUCUGAUGGAGAUGAUAAACGGUCACCCAGUCCAUUUCAGCGAAGCGUGGCAGUUCAGACUGAUUAUCGGGAGAGCGAGACACAAACAGACCCCUACUCUCCAAACUAUGUGCUGCGUCCUGGGACGACCUCCCCUGAGCUGCUCACACUGGCCACAUUCACAUGGGGCCAUGGGCUGCCUGCAGGGCUGGCAGAAGUGGAGAUGAUCAAGAGGGCAAGAAUGAAGCGAGCUUGGGAAGCGACUCUUCCCCCGCUAGAUGACCUCUUACAGCUCGAAAAAAGGAGGAGAAUGAUGGAGGAGAUGGAGAGAAAGGAGUGGGCUUUCAGAGAGCAAGAGAUAGAGAAGUUGCAAGAGACUCGACUGACCCUGCUGUUGCAGCUUCUGCGUCAGAGGGAGGAAGAGCAGGAGGAGGUCAAGAUGGAGCGACUGGAUGUUAGUUUUUCCCAGCACCAGCAUGAGAAGGAGACACGUCUGAAAAAAAUACGCAGUGACUACAUCAUCGCGAUGCGUAAGCUGCUGGCAAAGCGUAAAAAUGUGGAGGGAAAUCUGGAGAAACGUGAUAUUAUAAAGGAUUAUUCAGAUUAUGGGUCUCAGAUGUAUGCUCCUCUGGCUCGAAUGGGCCAGACUCCUGACCGAAAUUCCAACCGCAGCACUGUCAAGAGUCACUUUCUCAGCACGUAUCAAGGUCUUUUAGAACUGGAAGCCGGUCUUUCUCCAUCUGUCACAGAGCCUCAAAUUAAAGUGCCAAAACCUAAAGUGACUAAAGGCUUCAUCAGCCGCUCAGCCCGCAGAGAUUUAGAGCUCAUGAAGACUCAUCAGGCUCUAAAAGAGGAAAAGGUCUGCAGGGUAGAAAAGAAGCCACUCCGGUUCCUCUUUAAGAGGGAAAAACCUGUCCCGCGACCCCCAACUCCAACGGUGGAAAAGCCCCCCGAGGGAGAUGAGGAGCGGGAACUGGCUAUCAUCUUUCUUCAGAAACUGCUCAGAGGAAGAUCCACACAGAAUAAGAUGUUUGAGGAAAAGGAGAGACGGUUGGAACUGAUCCAAGAACUGCGCACUACCCACGCUCUACAGAAGGAGGAACAGAACAAAAAGGAGGCGGAAAAACAGGUCACACUCGCCUUGCAGAGACAGAGGGAUUUCCAGAAUGACAGAGAGGCUCAGAUUGAGUCCUUUACUGCUGCUCUGUCUGGGGUAGUGAUUGUGGACAUGCUGGACUUUCUGUCUAAAGAGCUGGUCAGACUGCAGGAGGAAAGGCGAAUCCAUGCCUUCACCCUGCUGGCUGAGAGAGACCGGCGUAUUCGUGAGGCUGAGGAAAGUGGAAGAAGGCAGAUAGAGGAGAGGAGACGCAGAGAGGAGGAUGAAAUAUUCAAACAGGUGGUCAGAGUACAUCAGGACACAGUAGACAUGUACCUGGAGGAUGUCAUCCUGACCUCCAUUAAUCAGACAGCUGAUGCUCAGGCCAGAGAAGAGCUUCACCGCAAGGCAGAGGAGCUGAACAACAUCACCUAUGCCAUGGAGGAGACGAUGAACAGUCAGCAGUCUGAAGAGAUUGUGGCAGAACUCGUCUACAGAUUCCUCAUUCCUGAGGUCCAGAAGAUGGAUUUCAGAGAACGAGUUCGCCACAGUCAGAGAAGGCAUCUGCAGGCAGCUCGUUCAAUCAUCAGUCUCGGAUCAACUGUGCCCACUGACCCUCCAUCUCCUUCAUACAGAGCCUCUUCAGCCGUCCUGAAUCACAUACUCAGCCAAGUAGAGGAGGUUGUUCCCGGAAACCUUAUCCCAAGAGACCCUGAACCAACACAAAACAAUCUGACAAGCCAUACAAAAACAGAAGACAUUCACAACACUGAUGGAAAACAGGCUGAUUCAGCUCAAGAGCAGCUCUAAACAGUGUUCAAUUCUUAAGUGUUUGCUUUUGCUGCUGUAAUAGUUGAUUUAAUUUUGCAUGCAGUACAUGUAGAGUCACAAUCAGUGACAAAGUGAACAAACUAAAGAACAGCUUGAGUCCAAAAUGGUUACACAAUAAAAGCCGCAUUUAAUUCAUCA